ACUGUUAGCUAACGUUAGCAGACACGUCCACACACAGUCCGCCGCUGCUGGAUACUAGACACAUGUUGAACUGCUGGUGGAAGAAAUGCUAGCUACGAGUAAGGCUUUAACUGGCAUCCGCACACAAACAAAUUGAGCUCCCGGCCCAGCCAUGUUCGGCACAGAGUCCUCAUUAAGCAUGUUUCUCAACACCCUGACGCCCAAGUUUUACGUGGCUCUGACGGGCACUUCCUCCCUCAUAUCAGGACUCAUAUUGAUCUUUGAGUGGUGGUAUUUCAGGAAAUAUGGGACCUCCUUCAUAGAGCAGGUGUCUGUGAGCCACCUGCGCCCCCUGCUGGGCGGAGUGGACAGCAGCUCCCCCAGCAACUCCAACACCAGUAAUGGGGAGGCUGACUCUAAUCGGCAAAGUGUUUCUGAAUGUAAAGUAUGGAGAAAUCCCUUGAAUUUAUUUCGUGGAGCGGAAUAUAAUCGGUAUACGUGGGUAACAGGUCGAGAACCACUGACGUACUACGACAUGAACUUGUCGGCACAAGACCACCAGACCUUCUUCACCUGUGACUCAGACCACCUCCGGCCUGCUGACGCCAUCAUGCAGAAGGCGUGGAGAGAGAGGAACCCACAGGCUCGCAUCUCUGCCGCACAUGAAGCUCUGGAGCUCGAAGAUUGUGCGACAGCGUACAUCCUCCUGGCAGAGGAGGAGGCCACCACCAUCAUGGAGGCCGAACGUUUGUUCAAACAGGCACUAAAAGCUGGAGAAAGCUGCUAUCGCCGCAGCCAGCAGCUCCAGCAUCACGGUACACAGUAUGAAGCCCAGCACAGAAGAGACACCAAUGUGUUGGUGUAUAUAAAGAGAAGACUGGCCAUGUGCUCCAGAAAGCUUGGCCGAACACGAGAAGCAGUUAAAAUGAUGAGAGAUUUAAUGAAGGAGUUCCCUCUCCUCAGUAUGUUCAACAUCCACGAGAACCUGCUGGAGUCACUACUAGAGCUCCAGAACUACGCCGACGUCCAGGCCGUUCUGGCCAAGUAUGACGAUAUUAGCUUACCCAAAUCUGCAACAAUAUGCUACACGGCAGCCUUGCUCAAAGCGAGGGCGGUCUCAGACAAGUUCUCUCCAGAGGCAGCGUCCAGGCGAGGGCUGAGCACAGCAGAGAUGAACGCAGUAGAAGCCAUCCACAGAGCGGUGGAGUUCAACCCUCACGUCCCCAAAUAUCUGCUGGAGAUGAAGAGUCUGAUUCUUCCUCCAGAACACAUCCUGAAGAGAGGCGACAGCGAAGCCAUCGCCUACGCCUUCUUCCACUUGCAGCACUGGAAAAGGGUGGAGGGGGCGCUCAACCUGUUGCACUGCACCUGGGAGGGCACGUUCAGAAUGAUCCCGUAUCCUCUGGAGAAGGGUCACCUGUUCUAUCCUUACCCCAUCUGCACAGAGACGGCCGACAGAGAGCUGCUACCCACAGUGUUUCACGAGGUGUCAGUCUACCCAAAGAAGGAGCUGCCCUUCUUCAUCCUCUUCACAGCCGGUCUCUGCUCCUUCACCGCCAUGUUGGCUCUGCUCACACACCAGUUCCCCGAGCUCAUGGGAGUGUUUGCUAAAGCUUUCCUCAGCACGCUGUUUGCUCCCCUGAACUUCAUCAUGGAGAAGGUGGAGAGCAUCCUGCCGUCCAGCCUCUGGCACCAGCUCACCCGCAUCUGACCCCGACCGACCGCAACCGGACCGGACCAGAAUCAGACCCAGG